CCUCAGUCACACUCUCUCCUUUAUCCGAGAGCUGAGGAGCUUAUGCAUUGAUGUCGUGUGCGACUGCCGGCGCCUUUGACCAUGAGGGACAAUGACAAUGGUUACGGAACGAUACGCUCCAACAAAACAUUUGGUGUGUGAAUUUCAAGGCAGAUGCUCUUCAAAAUAUUGCGUCAUCGGCCGUUGGUGCACAGCGCUGCGUUCGGUUUGAACGCAUGGCUCAAGGUCGUUUACUCUGGCUGGUUCAAUACUUUUGAUCAAGACAUCGGCGCCGUGAUAAAGGAAAUGAUAUUCCUCGAUCUAGAUCUUCACAAGCAGCCUUUUUCGCAGAUUGGUAGUUUGUUCUUCAAGGAGGAUGUCAGUCCGGGUCUGCAGAGCAGGCCUCUCUAUUUGAACGAGAAGGACAAUGAGGAGCCUGCUGCCGAGAGAUAUAGGAUCUGACCUGUCGC